AUGGUUUGGAAAAGCAAAUCACCUCGGAUUGAGGCCAAACCCUCAACUUUCAGGUACAACAUCUUAUCUAUUAUCUACCACUUAACACCUAAGCCACCAGGCACGCGAUCCUUCCUUCUACCUCUCCUAAUCCUCCUCGUUGUCGUGGGCGGCGCCGGUUUCGUUGGUUAUCAGAUCUACCUUAGCGUCGCCAAGAUUCGGGAAAGCACCGAGAAGCGCAUGGCCAAGAAGAACGUAGUCUUUACCAAAGACGGGCUCAAAGUUGGCGUCAAGCAUGUCGAGCAGGAGAGUUACGUCGACGCGACACAGAGCUGGGUCGUGAAAGCCUGGAAUAUGAGUACGCCCAAUCCAUCAGCAGUUAAGAGAAAAUAA